AUGUCUUCCAAAGAAAAAUACACGGUCAUUCUACCAACCUACAAUGAAAGAAGGAAUCUACCUAUCAUCACUUGGCUCCUCCACCGCACCUUCACGGAGAACAAACUUGACUGGGAAAUAAUCAUCGUCGACGACGGCUCCCCUGACGGCACCUUGCAGGUAGCUCAACAACUCCAGAACUUCUACGGCAGCCGCAUCGUCCUUAAACCCCGCGCAGGCAAACUUGGACUGGGUACUGCGUACGUCCAUGGACUCAAGUACGCUACGGGGUCCUUCGUAAUCAUCAUGGACGCAGAUUUCUCACACCACCCUAAAUUCAUUGCCCCAAUGAUCGAAAAACAGAAGACCGGCGACUACGACAUCGUGACUGGCACUCGAUACAGCGGGGACGGUGGAGUUUACGGCUGGGAUCUCAAAAGGAAGUUGGUUUCUAGAGGGGCGAACUUGUUUGCGGAUACGGUGCUCAGGCCAGGGGUCAGUGAUUUGACAGGGAGCUUCCGGCUAUACAAGAGGGCGGUGCUGGAGAGUGCGAUUGCCCGGACAGAGAGCAAAGGAUACACGUUUCAAAUGGAAUUAAUGGUCAGAGCGAAGGGUAUGGGAUAUAGAGUCGCGGAGGUGCCGAUUAGCUUUGUUGACCGAGUUUACGGAGAGUCCAAGCUAGGUGGAGAUGAAAUCGUUGAGUAUGCGAAGGGAGUUUUGAAUCUCUGGUUGAAGGUCUAA